UUUAGAUGUGGAAUCAAUGUAUUCAAUUCUUGACAACCAAAACUUGGAUGAAUACGGACCGGUCAUAUGUAGCGUAAUAAAUAGCCAACAAUCCUGCAAUACCUUUCAUUCUCCUUCAGAAUCAAACACUGGCAACUCGAAAAUACUCAACAAAAUUUCCUUCAUGUCUAUGAAUAAUACAAAUGAGCGAAACGAAGCUGGGAUUCAUAAGCAGCAAAUUGAAAGUGACAGCAUGGAUCAAUGGCUAGAGAAGAUGAAUGAUAUGCUGUGGAACCUGAGAUCUACUGUUAAGCAGCAGGUGGUAUUGGAUGCUUGGACUGACGUUCUUCUGAAAACUUGCUUGAGCUUCUUAUCUGCAAUCAGAACAAACCACUCCUUAAGACAGCUGAUGGAAACGCCAAUGUCGUUCAUCAUUGAUUAUGAGCAAUUACGCAAAGAGCCUUUCUCCAAAGUGGAAUUGCUAUCCAUUCCUCAGCCGUAUUUAGAUGAAGACUGCGACCUGGAUCCCAAACAGACAGACAGACUUUGGCUGAAUCUGUCUUCUCCAAAUAUUUGCAAGCUUUGGAUGGACAACGACGAACUUAAAGGCCCGCGAAAUCUUUCGGAUAAAGGCUGUGAAUCCUUGCGAUCUCUAUCUGAUUCUGUUGUAAGAACCAAUUACCUCAGAAGACAGAGGCAGCAAAAGGGACAUAAACUUUCACAUGAAAAUGUUCAGAUACCCUAUUUUAAGGCCAAGGAACUUUUAGGAUCGCUGCUCAACGUUAUUGAUGGAUUUUCUGCUAGAUAUGGUGAAGGACUUUCCGAAAAUGGAAUGGUGAAUUGCGAGAAGUACUUUCCUGAAGCACACGGAGAAUGGACAAAAAGAUUAUUUCCUUAUCACACGAAUCUUGAUCAAGGAGUCCUAAGUGCACAAAUUCCCCAGAAAUCUAUUGAAGAGGGACAGCAGCGACUCCGAGCGAAUGGCUAUCCAUUUCCAUAUCUAUACCCGCCUAUAAUCACGGAGCCGCCGCCUACAUUUCGACCCAUUAGGCCCUUUCAGAUACUUUAUCCACCACCACAGGUUCCGUACAUUAGACAUGGUCAUCAUCAAAUGCGAUUCCAGUAUGGUUCAGUUUACUCUCAGGGUCUUGGAGCAGCUUACCAUCCUAGCAGCUCUAUUGGACAAUCAAUACAGGUCGCAAACUGUCAAGCAACGCAACAACUCAUUAUUCGAGUUCCACCUCCUCCUCUUCCCCAAAUGAUGCCACAUGUUAACUGUUAUAUGCCUAUUGCAUCUACUGUCAAGAAUUACAUUCCACAAAGUCUAAUGGUACCGGUUUGUCCUUCGAAUUUUUCACCAGAAUUACCAGCAGGAUCAAAUAUAGCAAAUAGCUACCAUGCUAUAGAGCACACAGCACAUGAAUUCACUACUGCGAAGAACAACCGUGUAUUGAAGUCAUUUCAAACCCUAAGUCAAAACAAAAUUUAUACAUGGAAGAACGAUCGCUGUUGUCCAGAAAGUUCCAAUUGGGAAAGUUUAAAAAACACCGGAUACUGUGACGUAAAUGCAUGCAGUUGCAGAAUCGAAAGUCUGCAAGAAACUUAUGUCAGAACACCUUGGUUCCCAAACGUAAAUUCACACGCAAGUUUUGUAACAAAUAUAGAAAACUGCAAUUCUGAAGCUAUGAUCCUCCAACCUGAGCCAGAUAUGCAAACUGAAACGUUUCAAAAUAAUCAUACACAAAGAUUCGAAAGCGGAAAAUCAUAUUCUGUUACUACGCCUACUCUUAUGAAUAUAAAACUCCAGAGUCAAAGUUUAACUUAUGAUACAGUGUCAAGGAUUACGAACAAUACUACACCUAAUUCAAAAAUUACGAAAAAUAAUUUAGCAUACAAUAAAAGGAAUUCUGUUCCAGAAUUAAAUAUUACAUAUAAUAACAACCUCGCAAAUCAAAAUUACUACGGACACCGUGGAGCGACUACUGUAAAAUUGGUUCAUCAGAGCAGUGGAAUCAAAAAUUAUUCGUCAACGAAUCUAAUAUCCGAGUGUAACGAAUCCAAUAUUCGAAAAGGUAAUUACCAUCACUGCCCUAAUAAUUCACAAUAUUUUACAUUUCCAUUGACUCGCGGAGUUAAGGAAGAAUUAAAACUUACAACAAAUAAAAACCUUACGAACUCAUUUGUUCCCAGUUUAACUUCAUUGGAUAGUAUCAAAAAAUUGCAAAAUCAAAGUUAUAAUUUAUGUGAAGCAGAAAACUCGUUUCAUCUUCGCUUGGAAAAAACAGAGCAGUUAAAUAAUAUAUAUUCUACACCAGCCUUCUCAGCAGGAUAUGAUAAAAGCAAAGAUAAUGAGAAAAAAGCUGAAGACUGCUGUAAAACAAACGAAGCUCUCCCGAGAACUCAGACUGCAGUCAGUAAUGCAUUACUAAAAGACAAGCAUGUCGUUCGUUAUGAAAUAUCACCAUCCUCCGUAAAUAACAAAACAUUUCGAACGCUGCUUCUAAAAUGGAAAAAACGGAAAUUCAGUAAAGGAAAACUGAAACUUUUAGUUUAUUACAUUACCGAAAAAAGUUCCGACAGUCAUAACAAAGACAUAAUAGCAAAGAAGAAAAUUAAUAAAUCUUACUUAAAAGUUAAAUCCAGAUCAAUAACACUGAAAUUUAAUCAUGGCAAAUGGGUUAGGAAAAAAGUAACAGCGAAACGAAAGAUUUCUCAUUCUCUCAAAUCGAGGAAUAGAAAUUUGGAGACAUCGCCGUUUCCUAUAAAUAUAUCGUUUUAUAAACACGUGCAAAGGACUGUUGACAAACCUGUCUUUCCUCUAUACGACAACAGAAAAUUUACUAAGUUUUCUUCUCAAUUUUCUUCGACUGACGAUUUCAAAUCAAAUCCAACGAAACGACUCAAAAGUUGCGGUAACAUAUUAUCACCUGAUUGUAAAAGAUGUCCUCAGAAAAUUAACGUUGAAAUACCCACAGCUAAAAAUUUCGAAGUCGUAGAUGACAGUUUCUUCGACUGCGAUGAUAUACAAAAACUUCUUAAUGAAAAUUUCCUAAUCAAACCAUGGUGUCCUCUAAAUGAGAAAAUAAAUGGCUGGCUUCAUUUUAAAAUUGCACUGCAAACAGUUUUGAAGAACUGCUGUCGUCUUUUGCAGGAAGUAUCCCUAAAUGAAAAUCGUGAAAUUCUUUACAAAUUUUAAUGCAAGCGUAACGGUUUAAUGAUAAGGUGAUAAUAUUGAACCUAACUUUAAUCUUAGUAUCUGAGAGAUUAACUUGGAUAUUCCUCUUUUUCUUCUACAGAAAAAAACGUUGUUUUUAACCAAAUUUGCCAUAUUUUUUAUUUUAAAAUGGUUAAUAAAAUAAAUUCACAGUUCUAAAACUAACUAUAUGAAAAUUGAAAGUUUUACUUCAAUUAAUUCAAGUAAUUUCACACUUCGUGGUUAAAUACCAGAUAAAUAUUUACCUCACUAAAUAUUUGAA